AUGAAGAACGUCUUCGGCUCCCUCAAACUCCUCUACAUUCCCCAAGCCCUCAGAAAUGCGGCGUUGCCCAGCUCAAAUAAAACAACCCUACUGAGGGAUAAAUUACAGACUCUGGAGUGUUGUGUCGAGCAGUUUAGCGGCGUGAUCGACUACUCAUCUAUCAUCUGUGAGGAAGCCAUCAGCAGACUGCGUCAAGUGGCAACUGAGGCUCAUAUUAGUCGUCCGCACUCUCCACAGGAGUCAGUUAGUGAUAUGCAGCAGAUGCCCAGUGAAAUAGCUCUGGUGCCGACCCAAUUUCAGCAGAAGUUUAAAGAAACGUUGGCCAUUUACUCAUGUGCAAGAAGGACCUAUUUUGCGGAUAUUCCAAGAGAUGGGGAUGUACGGACAGAUAUUGUAAGGCUCACGGGACGCCGCUAUUUUCCGUCAACGAAGACAGCUUUUCAGAAGACUAAGAUGCGAUCACUGGAACAAGAAAUUUAUUGGUCCGACGUUUCGGAUCCUCACUCAAAUCCACCAUCAGAGACAUUCGCAGAAGACAGCAUUGUCAGGCCCGGGAAUUUCAGUGUAGCAAUUACCAUCUCAGUAAUUUGUGCAGAAUGUUCUCUCAAGUUCUCCUUCCAGAAACAUAAUGAGAUUUUCUGUUGGGCCACACAAAUGAUUUUCGCUACCAGGCAUCUGCAAGAAAAAUAUUAGGAAGCGAGGACUCGUCUUUACACCAGGAUUGCAAACUUAGUAAGGCUUUUUAAAACCCCAAAUCAUGGCUGAAGUCCAGAAAUCUUAAUUAACUUUGGAUAUACAUGACGACUUACGCGGAUGGUCAGACAACAUGGCGGCGUACGGCAGAGUCAGUCUCGAUGAAGCAAGAUUUACUACUCGUUCUUUAGUCUCGCAGUGACUACCGGCCAGGAACCAGCAUGGAUUACCAAACAGGCGGCUAACUUCUCAACGUACGGUUGAUACAAUCUUGCUCAAGAGCAUCCCGGAAUAGCAUACAUAGCAUAGCAACGUCUCAAGUUUCUGACCUCCGAUUCGAACACCACAGUCAGCUCAUCAACGCAAUUCUUGGAGAAACUUAAAGGAGUAAGUCUCCUGCCAAGCGAUAUCAUGGUUUCCUUUGAUGUCACGUCCGUUUUUACUUCUAUCCCGCAGGACCUGGCAGUCGAGACAAUCGAACUACUCCUACGAGAGAAGUACGACGAAACGGAGAAUCGCCUCGGACACGCCCAAAUCAUCCAGCUCCCGAAGUUCUUUCUCAAGACGUACUUUACAUUCGACGGAGCAAUUUACGAGCAGCUGAAGGGAACGCCAAUGGGUUCGCCGAUUUCGGGACUCAUAGCCGAGGCGGUCCUUCAACGGCUGGAGUCGCUGGUUUUCCGACACCACAGACCGAAAUUCUGGGCUCGGUAUGUGGAUGACACCUUCGUCGUCAUCGAACGGGAUCAGGUGCUGACAUUCAAAGAACAAAUCAACGCCGUCUUCCUGGACAUUCAAUUUACGAUGGAGGAGGAGAAAAACAAUCAGCUGGCCUUCCUGGAUGUCCUCGUCUGCCGCAAAGAUUGUGGUGGCCUAAAAACCAAAGUGUUCAGGAAAGCGACAAAUACGACGCAAAUACUGGACUUCAAUAGCAACCAACCGAUCAGUCAUAAACGCAGUUGCGUAAGGGCGCUAUACCGGCGUGUUGAGACGCACUGCAGUGAAAUGGAAGAGAAGGUUGCUGAAUUAAAAUAUCUUCGACGGGUAAUGAGAGCCAAUGGCUACCCGCGCAACUUUGUCAACCAGUGCAUGCGAAAAGGACACCAGAGACCAAAUCCAACUAGCCCCAAGAUUUUGGCGGGCUCUUCCGUACGUGAAGAACGUCUCGGAAGCCGUCAGUCGUCUUCUCACUCCACUUGGAUUUGA